AUCAGUCUCGUUCAACAUGGCAGCUUCCAUGAAACAACAAUUAUCGACUCUCUUGAGCGCUGGUGGGGCUCCAAAAGACCUAACAGAAAAGUAUCGUAAGAUCCUAACCGAUAUUCUACAGCUUGGUGAAGAUGACCUAGUAAAUGGACUACAGUUCUUCAUUGAAACAAUGGUGAAGGAGAGUGUGAGUCUGGUGAUCUCCAGGCAGCUCCUGCUUGAGGUCUGCAAUCAGCUCCCUCAUCUCCCUGAUCCGGUCUCGCAAAGGGUUUCUCACUUUCUCCUGGAGAAGGUCCAUCCGAGAGCAGUCUCCUUUGAAGAACAGAUGGGGAGUGUAAGGCAGCAUCUAUCAUCCAUCUAUGAGAAAGAACAGAACUGGAGGGAAGCAGCCAGAAUCCUUGUUGGGAUUCCGCUUGAAACUGGACAAAAGCAGUAUCAGGUCGACUACAAGCUUGAGACAUACCUUAAAAUAGCCAGACUUUACCUGGAGGACGACGACCCGGUCGAGGCAGAAGUCUACAUCAAGCGAGCCUCCAUGCUACAGGCAGAAUCCAAAAGUGAACAACUCCACAUCCAUUAUAAAGUGUGUUACGCCCGAAUGCUGGACUACAAGCGGAAGUUUAUCGAGGCAGCGCAGCGGUACAACGAGUUGUCCUAUCGUACAAUCAUAGCAGAUGAGGAAAGGAUGGAGUCUCUAAGACACGCGUUGCAUUGCACCAUCCUAGCAUCAGCAGGUCAGCAGAGGUCAAGGAUGUUGGCCACCCUCUUCAAAGACGAGCGAUGCCAGCAGCUAGCAUCCUACGGAAUCCUUGAGAAGAUGUACCUGGACCGCAUCAUCAGAGGGGAUCAGCUCCAGGAAUUCGCCUCCAUGCUUCAAGAACACCAGAAGGCCACCACAGCCGAUGGUUCAAGUAUACUUGACCGUGCAGUCAUAGAGCACAACCUGCUCUCAGCCAGUAAGUUAUAUAAUAACAUCACAUUUGAAGAACUUGGGGCUCUGUUGGAGAUACCUCCGCCCAAGGCUGAAAAGAUUGCUUCACAAAUGAUAUCGGAAGGCAGAAUGAAUGGAUAUAUUGACCAGAUCGAUGGCAUUGUACACUUUGAAUCAACGGAUAUCCUUCCACAGUGGGACAAGCAGAUCCAGAGCCUAUGUUUUCAGGUCAACAACAUCAUCGAGAAAAUAGUAGCGGCAGCGCCAGAAUGGGCAGCUUCCAUCUCGGACAACCAGAUGCAGUGAAUAUAUUGGUGCUGAAUGUUUAUGAACAAGGACUGUAACACAGUGAAACCUGUAUAUUAGAGAUCACCCAAUGGAGAUAAGAAAAGUAGCCAGUCUCAUUAUGGUAUAUCAAAGUAAGGAGAAUUCUGUAUAUAAAGACUGCCUAAGGGAGAGAAGAAAAGUGGCCAGUUUCUCUGUGGUAUUAAUAAUAAUAAUAAACGGCAUUUAUAUUGUGCCAUCUAU